UCCCCUCUGCUCUAAAAAACACUCACCCGACACGACAUAAAUUCCCUCCCUCCCCAUUUCCCUCAAAGUUUCCGAACAUUUUCUCGGGAACCAAACAGAAAACAAAGCUUCAAAUUUCAAAUUCACACCAUGCACAUGCAGCAGCUGAUCUAGCAAAACACAAAAAAGCUAGGGAAAUAUAAAAAGCUUGAAUCUUUCUUCAAUGGGUGCUGCAACUUCGUCGAUGGCGGCCAAGUUCGCGUUCUUCCCACCCGAUCCGCCAUCGUACAGCGUGUACUCCGAAGAAGCGGCGAACGGGAAACUGAGGAUGACGGGCGUGGAGGAGAGAGAAAAUGUGGACGUGUUGAGGGUGAGAACUAGAAGAGGGAAUGAGAUUGUGGCGAUGUAUGUGAAGAAUUCAUGUGCUUCUUUGACGGUGCUUUAUUCCCAUGGAAAUGCUGCAGAUCUUGGCCAGAUUUACCACCUUUUUCUUCAACUUAGUCUUCAUUUGGGUGUCAACAUCAUGGGGUACGACUAUUCUGGUUAUGGACAAUCUUCCGGAAAGGCAAGUGAACAAGAGACGUACGCAGACAUAGAAGCAGCGCAGAAAUGUUUAGUUGAGAAAUACGGCGUGAGAGAAGAGGAGACGAUUCUGUACGGACAGUCGGUGGGAAGUGGGCCGACGGUGGAGCUGGCGACGCGGCUGCCGGCGGCGAGGGCCGUCGUCCUCCACAGCCCCAUCCUCUCCGGCCUCCGCGUCCUCUACCCUCCUCUCAACAAAACCUUCUGGUUUGACAUUUUCAAGAACAUUGACAAAAUCCCACUUAUUGAUUGCCCAGUUCUAGUGAUUCAUGGAACUGAAGAUGAAGUUGUGGAUUGUUCCCAUGGAAAGCAGCUGUGGGAGCUUUGCAAAGACAAGUAUGAACCCUUAUGGCUCAAAGGAGGACACCACUGUGACUUGGAACUUUUCCCCCAAUACUUGAAACAUCUCCGCAAGUUCAUAUCCGCUGUAGAGAAACUACGUCGUCCCAAUAAUAAUGUUACCGAACAAGUCAAUGCACAGCAACCCGAUGGGGGGGCUAUGGAUUAUAACCAUACGGCUGAUGAUGACAAGCCGAGACAAAACAACAAUAAUGUACGUUUGCCAAGGACUAGGUUGAGCUCUGAUAGUAGAGAGAAAUCGAGACCAAGCAUUGACAAGCUCAAGGAGAAGUCGAGGAAGAGCACCGAUCGGUUACUAAAGGCGAGGAACAGCACGGAUCAAUCAGAGAGAGCACGGAACAGCUUCGAUCGCUUGGGAGAUAUAGUAAGGUCCGUUGGAUUGUGCAAUGUCGAUUGUUUGAAGCACCCGGCCGCAGAAGCGUGAGACCGAAAAUGCAAAUGGAUUUCUUGUUGGAUUUGUGUAUAUAUUUCUAUUAGAUUUUGGCUGUAUGUUUUUUGGAUCAAUUCAAAGGCAGCAGCUGGUUAAAUAUUUAGAAUAUGGCUAAGUUUCUGCUAAAUAAACAGCAUGUAUAAAUCAUCAUUAUUUGAUCCACCCUUUUCAAUCCUAAGAAUGAUCAUGUAUUGAAAAUGUCAAGUGAGAAG